AUUGAACCCCCGCUCGGUAUCUGAUCCGUCCCUCGAGCCCGACCACCUUCGUGCCGUGCCUAACCGGGGAGGUCGUCCCACCGGCCCCACCCUCUUCACUUACACCACCCCUCGCCCCCUUCUUUCCCGAGCUUCCAUCCCCAACUACAAUCUCCAAUAGCCCAUCAAGAAGCAAGCCCCCAGAACCAGCACCCGGUCAUCCCCUUUCUAUCAUAAUCCCAAAACACAACAGCAACCUCUUCCCAAAUCCCACGAAUCACCACCACCACCACCCAAAAAUGUCCCCCUUCCCCGUCCCCCCCUCCGGCGUCUGGUGCCCCGCCGUAACCCUCUACGACCCGGCCACCAACACCCUCGACCUCGACGCCCAACGCGCCUACUUCUCUUACCUGGGCACGCGCACCGGCCUAGCGGGGCUUGUCAUACUCGGCACCAACGCGGAGCCCUUCCUGCUGACGCGCGACGAGCGCCGGCGCGUGCUGGCGGUGGCGCGCGAGGUGCUGGGGGAGGGGUUCCCGAUCAUGGCGGGCGUGGGGGGCCACUCGACGGCGCAGGUGCGGGAGUUUGUGGAGGAUGCGGUCGAGGUUGCUGGGUGUGAGUGGGUGCUGGUGCUGCCGCCGGGGUAUUUUGGGAAGGUGGGGGCGUUGGGGGAGGUGGUGGAGGGGUUUUAUGGGGAGGUGGCGGGGAUUUGUGGGGGGUUGGGGGUGGGCGUGGUGGUGUAUAACUUUCCGGGGGUUUGUGGGGGGGUGGAUUUGGAUAGUGGAACGAUUGCGAAGCUGGCAAAGAAGCAUGAGAACAUUGUGGGUGUCAAGCUCACUUGCGGGAGCGUGGCCAAGAUCACGCGGCUGGCUGCCGAGUUCCCGCCGGAGAGGUUCGCCGUGUUCGGGGGCCAGAGUGACUUCUUGAUCGGCGGGCUUGCAGUGGGCAGCGCUGGAUGUAUUGCUGCCUUCGCGAACGUGUUCCCCAAGACGGUCGUGGAAGUGUACAACUUGUACAAGGCGGGCAAGGCGCAAGAGGCGCUGGAGCUGCACAGGAAGGCGGCGUUAGCAGAGCAGGCGUUGAAGAGCGGUGGCAUUGCCGCAACCAAGUAUGCUGCGAGUGUCUUUACGGCGCCUCUUGCUGGUGUGGAGGAUGCUGAGAACAAGAUGGUGCCCAGGAGGCCGUAUUUGCCGCCUGGGGAGGAGGCGAAGACGAAGAUCCGGGAGGCGUUGGCUGAGGUUGCUGAGAUCGAGAAGAGUAUCGUGAGGUAGGGGAGGGUGCUGAACUGAGUCCUGAGAAAAGUAUACAUCUUGUAGUUUUACCUCUCUACACACAAUCUCAAACUCUGGUUUGAGGCAAAGUUACUUCAAUGUUGCGUUGGGGUGUUCAGGCUCUCUAUAGCAUAUCAGUUACAGUUCAACUCUAUUUCUCACAUUUUAUACUUGAGGU